CAAUAUUGGUUUCAUAAUCCAAAAGUUUGCGAAUAAAGUACAUGUGCAAAUUACAUUAAGUUAAAGGUUGCAAAUAAUUAGGGUUGAGUUGAGACCAAGAAGUAAAUUUAAUUAAAAUUCAUACAUUUUCUAUAAAAGUGUUGCACCUCGAGGAGGGUGACAUCAUUGUGGUUAAUUAGUUCGUGGAGAUAAGUUUGUUGGAUGUAUAAGAAUUUUGGAAAAAUGAAGAGAAUUUCGGUAUUCCUUCUCGUCGUCGCCCUUCUUGCGACCUCCUUCGCUCAAGACGAAUCCAAAGAUGCUGCUGCAAAAGACGCUCCCAAAAAGUCAAAAACCCGCACCGCCAAACCCGGCGAGGACACGCGCGCUCUCGCCCUCUGGGAAAAACAUUGCUCCAACGGCCGCGAGGGCGGACCUGAUGGAGCCUUCACCAUAAAAUGCACGCACGACGUGCAGCCCGCCACCGACGGGGAAAACGAGCUCGUCUCCAAUAAUGGGACCCUCCUCGGAAAAAUCACCAUCAUGGAGACCUACCCCCUCGAAAUCGUCUUCGUCCAACCACCCCCUCCCGCCAAUGAGACGGAAGCCGCGGAUUCCGACGCGGACGAAGAGAACGGCGGGGCAAAGAAAGAAAUCAUCGUGCUCGUCGAGCCGAUCAAGAAUGGGACAAAUUUCGCCAACGGAACGACCGAGGCGCCACCAGUGGAAGAAGUCAAACCUGAAUUUAUCCUAGUUCCCGCGUCCAGCCUGCUAAAACCGGAAGGGGCCGAAGGUGGACCAUCCUCUACCACGACGACCACAACCCCAGCGCCAUCUGAGGGACGAAGUUCCCGGGACUUUUGGGCUUCUCUAGUUGGCCAACAGGAACAAGAGGAGGAGCCAAAAGAGAAGGUGGAGGAGGAGCCAGAAAAACUAGCGGAAAAGGGCGGGCAGCGAAAACCAAAAGCUUUUUGGCCAGGCGCAGGAAAAACUAAGGAGGAAGGAGAGGGUGAAGCGCCAUCUACCGGAAGUGAUGAUCCAGACCAUGUCGUACUUCCGCAUCAGGGAGAGAAAUCUAUCUCCGUUCCGGCCCCGGCGAGUGGAAGUUUGGGGUUUUUGAGAUCCUUUAAUCCUUCCGGGGGUAAGGCUGAAGCCAAAAAUAAGGAGGAUCCGAGCCCACCGAGGAGUUAGUUAGGUGGAGGGAAUUUUAAAAAUAUACGGGAAAAUUUAAAUAAAUGAUUUGAAAGUAUUUUAAUAAAAUACAUCAGUUUUAUUUUUUAUUGGG